CCCCGCCCCAUCUGCUGGGGGCUGGCCCUCAGCCCUCCUGCCCUCUUUUCCCCGCAUGCCCGGGCAGCCAGAGGCCAACAUGGAUCUUUCUGUCCGCAUCAGCUGAGCCUGGAAACCUUACCCUUUGGAGGCAAUGGAAAGGGAGACGCGGAAUGCUUCUCCGGCAAGGACGUCACCAGCCCGGGCAUCUCCAGCCCGGGCAACCCCGGGCUGGGCGUCCCCUUCCAGGUCAGCAUCCGGCAGGUCUGCCAGGUCAGCCUCCACAACAUCCUCGCCAACAAGAGUGUACCUGGUUAGAGCAACACCAGUGGGGGCCGUACCCGUCCGCACACCUCCUGCCAGGACAGUGCCAGCCACGAGGGCCACCAGGGAGAGCCCAGCCUUGUUUCCUUCUCCCUGCUCCACGGCACCGGACCCCUCCCCAACAGCUUCCCCCUCCCCUGCUACUGCCCUGCUCCUAGGACUCAGCUUGCCCAAGUUCACCUGGCAGGAGGGCCGGAAGCGGCUGCCACUCAUCGGAUGUGUGCUCCUCCUGAUCGCCCUGGUGGUGUCGCUCAUCGUUCUCUUCUACUUCUGGAGGGGCCAUACAGGGAUCAAGUACAAGGAGCCGGUGGAGAGCUGCCCCAGGCACGCUGUGCGCUGCGAUGGGGUGGUGGACUGUAAACUGAAAAGCGACGAGCUGGGCUGUGUGAGGUUUGACUGGGACAAGUCUCUGCUUAGAGUCUACUCUGGAUCCUCCCAGCAGUGGCUUCCUGUUUGCAGCGACAGCUGGAACAGCUCCUACUCGGAGAACACCUGCCAGCAGCUGGGUUUCAAGAGUGCGUACAGGACUACCGAAGUGGCCCACAGCGGUUUCGCCAGCAGUUUCUCUAUCUCCAAGUACAACUCCAGCAUCCAGGAAAGCCUCCGCAGGUCUGAAUGCCCUUCCCAGCGGUAUGUCUCUCUUCAGUGUUCCCACUGCGGACUGAGGGCAGCGACCGGGCGGAUCGUGGGAGGGGUGCUGGCCCCAGAGAACAAGUGGCCCUGGCAAGUCAGUCUGCACUACGGCACCACCCACAUCUGUGGGGGCACGCUGAUCGCCGCUCAGUGGGUGCUCACCGCUGCCCACUGCUUCUUUGUGACCCGGGAGAAGAUCUUGGAGGGCUGGAAGGUGUAUGCAGGCACCAACAACUUGCACCAGCUGCCAGAGGCGACCUCCAUCUCCCAGAUCAUCAUCAACGGCAACUACACUGACGACGAAGAUGACUACGACAUCGCCCUCAUGCGGCUCUCCAAGCCCCUGGCCUUAUCUGCGCACGUCCACCCUGCCUGCCUCCCCAUGCACGGACAGACCUUCAGCCUCAAUGAGACCUGCUGGAUCACAGGCUUUGGCAAGACCAACGAGGCAGACGAGAGGACAUCCCCCUUCCUCCGGGAGGUGCAGGUCAGCCUCAUCGACUUCAGGAAGUGCAAUGACUACUUGGUCUAUGACAGUUACCUCACCCCGCGGAUGAUGUGUGCUGGGGAUCUCCGGGGGGGCAGAGACUCCUGCCAGGGGGACAGCGGGGGGCCCCUGGUCUGCGAGCAGAACAACCGCUGGUACCUGGCUGGGGUCACCAGCUGGGGCACGGGCUGUGGCCAGAGAAACAAGCCUGGGGUGUACACCAAGGUGGCAGAACUCCUGCCCUGGAUUUACAGCAAGAUGGAGUGCCAGGUGACAGCCAGGCUGAGUGUUAAGCUCUGACAUUCCCAGCCUGCCUCACCCUGUCCCCCCUGUUCUUGUCCUCAGAGUGAGGUGCGUUUCCGGAAAUCCUAAGCCGCCUCCCUGCUCCAGCUCACGGCACUGGCUGCUGUACAGACUCUGACCACAGGGACUGGGCCGCUGGGACAUCAUCUGGGCUAACGGCCACCAGGCACCUUCGUUACUCCCACCUCUGCUGUCUGCUGCCUCUGUGAAUACACACUGUGUGUGCGUGUGUGCAUGUGUGUGUGCGUGUGUGUGUGCGCGUGUGUGUGUGCGUGCGCGUGUGUUGCUGCUCUCCCAGGGUCUUCAGAAACCAGGAGAACUGUUGACUCAUCCCAAACCCCAGGGUGGACAUCACCUGGAGAUAACAGGCUGGGUACCGUGGAGGUUCCUACAGGCACAGCCAUAAUGGCUGGAGGAGGUGCAGUCCAAACAGAGCUCAGGGAAGGGCCUGGAAGGUCCCAUCAUGAAGUCUUGCUCCUCUGACCUGGACUCAGAGACUAGCCCAGAUGGAGCAGCCCCCAGCGGCCCAGGAGACACGCUGUCGCAGGACAGAGAAUGGGUGCCACGGGGUGCCUGGACUGUCUGUAGUGGGAAGAUGCCCCCCUUGGCGUUGCAAGCAUCCUGCCCCCUCCCACUGGUGCCCUGGAUGGCGGCACUGGCCGAGCCAUGGCUGUCCAGGCCAAACACUGGGAACAGGGCUCACUGUUCUUGACUGGCCACAGGCUGUUGGGGCAGAUUUAUUUUAGUUUAGUUUUAUAUUUAAGAGAUGGCAGUGGAUGUAUUUCUAAAGAAUCUCCAAAACUUCCGGGAGCCUUCAGAGCUAGCAGCAAGCACCCCAAGAAUUCUGGGAGAUUCAUGGGAGUCGCCCCACUCCAGAGGCCGGCAGAAUGUUUCUGGCCUCGAGGGACUGGAUGAAGGGGCCCCUCUGAGAUACUCAGGGAUGCGGAUCCUCAUUUGGGCUGGUGAGCAGAUCUGACACCACAGAGCCACACCUGCAGUGGCAUCCAAGCAAGGGCUGCCACCAGGGCAUGAAGAAAAGGGCAGGCCCCCCCGGAGCCGAGGGAACAGGCACCUCCCACACCCAGUGCUAUACUGGGACUUCGGAGUUUCUUCUUGGCUUCCUCUGCCUUUUGAUUUUUGAGUAGUUCCAGAAGCAGCACAGACAUGAAGGCCACGUGGAGAGCAGGCUGACAUUGUGCCCAGGCCCUACAAAAGCCCCUCCGAAGGAUCUGAGUUGCCCUACCCCUGCGAGCCUUCAGCGCUCCCAGCCUUUGUGCCAACGGAAGGCCCGGGUGUUCCCCAGCCUCCCCCCUGGAGCACCUGUCCCUUGCCCAUUCCCCUCCCUCUGCGCGGACCCGCCUGCUGGCGCUAUGCCUCCCAGAGGAAGGGUCCCCGCAGAUCAGCCUGGCCUAGCUCAGGCUGGCAGCGGCGUGGGGAGGCACUGGUCUGGAAGAGCAGGCUGGGGUUGCCUAGCAUGGCUGAGCAGAGUCUGAGGGGGCUAGUGACAUGUUACUGAGGCUGAGGGCUCGGGGAGGGCAACAUCCAGGUCUCCAACAGCCCCCAGCAAUGGCCCUCAGCAAUAAAAGUUGUGUGACCUGAAAAUUUUGUCAUUGGCUGUUACACUGGCACCCUAGGUAGAAAACUGAGAUUGUCACUCAGGGACCCAGACAGCCUCCGUGUGGGCCUCGGCUUUGGGCUCUGCUCGUUUAAUCAUGUGUUCACUUGUUCAUUCGCCCGCCAUAUCAGUGUCCACUCUGUGCCGGGUGCCUAUGCCAGGCCCAAGGGCUGCAAAGCCCACAGUGGGGUCCUGAGGAGCUCGUGCCCCAGCGUGGUGGAAGCUAUGGCUGAUCGUGGACACUGGGCUUGGAGCACGGAUGAAGAAGCCACGAGGCGUACCCAGGGAGGUCAGAGAAGCCUGCACGGUGGACAUGGUUUGAAGUGCGUCUUUAGAAGCAGGUGAGCCUUCACAACACAGACAGGAGUGGGGAGGGACCCCUGAGCGCCUCCUUUUCCCUUUUUCCCUCCUUCCUCUUUCUCCACCUCUGCCUUUACUGGCUCAGUAAGAGACCUGUUCACAAGAAACUCUCACUGCUUACCUGACUCAACUAUUUCCAAAAGAAUUGAUGGGUGGUCUCACUGGCUUCUUCUGAGAGAUUUGUACCUUCCUGCUCUGCCUGUGCGUUUCCUGCAUUGACUGUAUUGACCUCCACCGUCCAUAUCCCACUGAUGAAAGCCCAGCACCCCGCAGCACCCACUCUGGCCACAAGCACAGAAUUCUCCAGGCCUGCCUCCAUGGCCCUGGCCUUUGAGCACCUCAGGUUUGUUUGCUUCAGUCUCCGUCUCGAUGCAGGGGGAGUCCUUUCUCCGUUUUUUUUCUUUCUCCAUCUGAACGGGAAGCUGUGGGGGCAGGUGCCAAGCUCACUGUGUUAGCAGCAGGGGUAACACAGCUCCUGGAAUGGAUCCCACAAUCUCCUGUAAUACCAGUGGCUUAAUCCAUCCACGUUUGUUUCUUGUCCAUCUCAGUGUCCAAGGAGGAUGUCGGGUCAGUGGGAAGCUUCCUUCCACAUUACUUUUGAGGGACUCAGACUCUUCCUGCCUGGUGACUUUGUCAUCGACUCUGGCUGGGAGAGAGAGGAAAGAAAACAUGGAGAAGGCACAUCCCUUCUUGAACGUUCUGGCAAGAAACCGAUGCAUGUCAUUCUCACUCAUGUCGUAUGGGUGUCAGCGUGUCACCAGCACCGCCUGGAUAAAGUGGGGCUGGGAAAUGCAGUCCUCGGUUGGGGCUUGUGCAAGAGCGAGCACGCAUUCUAGACGACCUGCUAACCCUGCCCACGGGAGGAAGUGGGUCUUAGUCCGGAAGCCAGGCCUUGCAGCCCAGUUAGGUUUUAGGCCACGUCUGUUGUUUUUCCUUAGAAACCAGAACUUCUUCCUGUGUCAGGCCUCCCAGGGCAGGGUGGAGGUAUGUGGGUCAGGGGAGAGAUAAGGCAGAGAAAAGGGUGUCAGGGUAGGAAAAGAAAAACACAUUCCUUCGGCCUGGGACAUCUAUACAGUUAUGUCGCGCGUGUGCGCGCGGGGUGGUGGGUGGGGUGUUUCUGCUGACAUUGUCCUGUGCUCCCUGGGUCCUAGGCGUCUCCAGGUACCAGCCAAAGUCUGGCUUUGACAACUCUGUUGUCUGCUGAGUGUCCCUGGGGAAGGAGGCUGAGGCCAAGCGACUGUGUUGGAGGGCGGUGGGGACAGAUGAUGGCUCUUUGGGGAGGGAGCCAGCUCCAGCCUAGCUGCCCAUCCAGCUGCCUCUGGGGUUUGGUUAGAUUCCCCGGGGCUAUUGUUUCCUAUAAUUGUUUCGCUGAUGUCCGGAUGCAAUUGGGAGAUGCACGCAGAGAGCUCCUCAUAAUGAUCACAGUGAUGGGACCAAGAGCCAGCAUUUGCUGAAUGUUGGCCACGUGCCAGAUGCUGUGCUAACCACCUGACGUGUGUUAGCUCCUGUAAGCAUGCAGUAGGCAUUGUUACUAUCCCUGUUUUACAGAUGAGGAAACAAAGGCCAACAGGACUGGAGUAAGCCUCCCCAAACUAUACAACUACCAAGUGGCUGAGUCGGACUUUGAAUCCAAGUUGUCUGAUUUUAGAAGCUGCUUUUCAAAACAAGGUGGAGUCCUCUUGGCUGCAGCCUUUUAGGACCCGCGCCACCUGGCUCUGUGUAUCUUUCCUUGCAUUCGCCACUGGCCUCUGCUCUGGGAUGGGCAGGGUGGGACGAUUCCCCAGAGAAGCCUGGGUACCCACCUCAGAGGGUCACAUGACCAGAAACUCUGCCUGCAGUUCCCAGAAUCUGGGACAAGUGCAUCAUGAGUGGAGGGGGCCUCCCACACCUCCUGUACCCCCGCCCCAAUUGGAUGGUUUCUGGGAUGCCCUCCCAUGCCGUGACAAGCUGCUGCCCCAGGACACCUCCGUGUCUCUCCUCUGGGCGUAGGUGGCUCUGAGAGGCACAUGCCACUCAUUCCCUACCUCCUCUGCACUGACCCAGGCUUCCCGAUCCUUGGAAACCUGACACCCAGGCAGCGAUCUUACCAUGGGUCCACCCAGCCAAACAGGGAGGACCGUAGGCAGCCCGGGCUGUCCGAGAAGGUUUUAUUAGAUGAGCCCUCUGAGCAGGUGAGGGUGUGGCCUGGCCAUUGGUCCUCCACAGCUGUGCUCCUGCCCCUGGGACAUGGGAGCUGGCUGUGACAGGACGCCUCCUCUGUCCCUGCCCUGAGUCUCAGGGGAAGUCCUCCACUUUUCACAGAAGGGAGCAUGGCAUUUUCUUGGAAUGUUUCCUCCUAAUUAUACUGCGUGGUAAUGGAGAGAGCACUGAAGUUGGAGCCCAAGUACUGGCAGUGCAGAUUCCAGCUGCACCACCUACUUAGCUAUGUGAUCUUGGGCAAGCCAGCCUCUCUGUUUCCUCAUAUGUGAAAUGGGUGUAUCUGUCCCACACGUGGCAGGAUAAAUGGGAGGCCACAUGGAAACAAGCAGGGCAAAGUGAUUAGCUAUUGUGCUCUCUCAACAAGUGUUGAAUUCGCAGCAGAAGAGCCAGGUCCUUCACUUCCAUACCCCCUCGUCAGAUGAAUGAGAAAGGAGGGGGACAUCUGGGUACAUCUUCAGGUCUUAGAAAAUGUGCUAUUUCUUUGUGUAAACCUUCCUCUAACUUAUGGUCAUGGGUGACGUCUGUGAGGGCUCACCACACCUGAGGCAGAUGCUCGUCCCCCUCUGUUGGUCAUGGAGCUCCACCGAGGUGAGCUUACCCUGCUCUCUCUAGUCACUGAUGGGACCAGGGUGGCUACCUGUCCCUGGCCCUGCUCUGGCAGCAUCCGACUGCUUAGCCAUGGAGCUGACAGCUCAGGGCUGUGAGGGGGCACACGUGUUCGGACCCCACACGGACUCUCCUCCAUCUACAGCCGUCUGGCUCCUGCCCCACCGUGUCAGUGAACUGCGUGUUGCCAAAUCUGAUGUGGACGUUUUAGUCCUCACCUUCUGGAACUCUCUGCAGCAUUUCACUGUCAAGUGCUCACUACUUUGUGAAAUUGCCACGCCUUCUGUGACGUCAAGCUCUCCUAGGUCCCCUUCUGGCCCUUUGGCCGCCCCUGUUGUCUUCCACAAGCACCUUAAUGCUGCUCCCCAGGAGACCACCCUUUGCUCUCUUCUCAUGGCAAAUGCUCGCCCAGGGCCAUCUCAGCCAUUCUGGGCUUCCAACUAACAUCUAUAGAGCCAGCAGGCGUUUGUUCCAUGUCACUAAGCUACAAGAAAUGAUGCUGUUCUUUUUAAAAGCGGAUUAAAAUCUGACUUUGAACUGCUGCAGCUUGGCUGGAAAAUGUCCCUCUUCAUGUUCUACCCCAGGAUGCUACGACCCAGAGAAGUCUGCCCACUGCUCCCCAGGCUGGGUGCUCAGUCUGUGGCCCUCCCGGCACCGCUCAGAGGAUUUUGCAGGUGCAGGAGUACCACGGAUUUGCUGCUGUCUGUGCUCCCGGUCUCAGGAAUCCCACUUUCCCUGGGUCAGGCCCAGGCUGCUCGCUUCUCUUCAGCCCCAAAGCCCUUUUUGCAGACAGUUCAGGCCCAUCUCUCCUACAAACGUUGCACAAGAGAGGCCUAGACAUUCUCCUUUGGGUCAAAGCCAUUCCUUCCUGAUGAGAUCAUAGCAGAAAACAUUUCCAUAAUUGUGUAUGGAUUUUCAACUAAUCUAAGUUUUCACUCCUUUACGAUAAAUCACUGUAGGUGGUACUGGUGGGUCAUAUGGUAAUUUUAUGUUUAACUUUACAAGAAACUGCCAGGCUGUUUUCAGAGGGGCUGUACCAUUUUGCAUCCCCACCUUAUAAAUAAGAGUUCCAGUUGCUCCACAUUCUCACCAGUAAUUGGUACUGCCAGUAUUUUUUAUCAUAGCCAUUCUACUAGAUGUAUAAUGGUAGCUCAUUGUGGUUUUACUUUGCAUUUCUCUAAAGAUUAAUGAUGUUGAGCAUCUUUUCAUGUGCCAUUUGCUGUUUGUAUUUCCUCUUCAGUGAGGUGCCUGUUCAGGUCCUACCCCUGUUUCUUUGUUGGGUUGUUUGUUUCUUAUUGUUGAAUUUUGAGAAUUCUUUAUAUAUUCCAAAUAUUAGUCUUUGUUGGAAAUGUGAUCUGUAACUAUUUCUUCCCCAUGCAACUUGUCUGUUUAUUCUCUUAAUUGGGUUCUGUAGAACAAAUUUUUUUAUUUGGUGAAUUUUAAUUUAUCAUUUUUUUUCUUUUUGAAUUGUGCUAAGAACUCUGCCAAACCCAAGCUUGUGAAAAUUUUCUCUUGGCAGUUUUAUUGUUUUAUGUUUUACAUUUAGAUGUGAGAUCCAUUUGAGCUAACUUUUGGAUACCAUUGAGGUCAGAUUGAGGUUCCUUGUUUAUUUACAGAAUGGAUGUCCAGUUGUCCCAGUGCUGAAAAGACUGUACUUUCCCCAUUUUGUCAAAAUGCCUUUGCAUUUUGUCAAAAACCAGUGGAGCAUAUUUGUGGGUUAUAUUUCUAGACUCUAUUCUGUUCCAUGGAUCUAUGUGUCUAUCCUUUCACCAGUGCCACCCUGUCUUAAUUACUGUAGCUUCACAGUAUGUUUAAAAGUUGGCUAGGGUGAAUCCUCCAAAAAUUUUUUUUUUCAAAAUUACUUUGACUUUUUCAUCCCUUACAUUCCCAUAUAUGGUUUCAAACCAGCUUGUCUAUAUUCUAAGGAAUCCUGUUGGAAUUUUUAUUGAGAUUGCAAUAAAUUGAUAAUCCACUUGGAGAGAAUUGACAUAUUAACUACUGAGUCUUCUAAACCAUGACCAUAUUAUGUCUCUCCAUUUAUUUAGGUUUUCUUUGAUUUUUUUCACCUAAGUUUUAUAGUUUUCAGCAUACAGAUCCUAUACCUAUUUCAUUACAUUUAUAGCUAAGUAUUUAAUUACAUGGUAACACAAAUGAUCUUAAAAUAACUGUAUUUUUCAAGACAAAAAUUAAGGAGAAGAGUGACAUUGUUUCACAGUCUUGCAAAUUUCUUUAAUAUCUGGCCUAAAAAAUAGCUGGUUUCUCUUACUUGCUUCAGUACUCCAUCUGUCGAGAUAUGUUGUUUUGGUUGAAAUACAUGAGAAAAAUUCGAUCUCACACAGAUACAGAAUUGCUAAGUGGAGUAUUUUAACAGCUUUUUCAGAAAAUUAUGGGUAUUUUUCUUUGAUACUAUACUCAAACUUGACAAGUAGCAGUUUCUUGAGGGCUGGUUGCAAUGUGGAAUCUGAAAUCUGUCAGUGUACUUGCUUACAUUAAAAUCUCUUAGUCUAUGGUGCACUAUUUUACCCAGGCCUAAUUUUAUAACAUCAUGCAUUGGUCAUUUGGAAAAUACUGGUUUUGAGUUAUGAGCAUCUCCUGAUAGUGACAGACUUCAUUAGAUAAUGUGAAAAACAAUAUGUAUUAAUAUCACCACUGGUCUCAUCAGAGAAGUCUGUAAGGGUUGGCAAGCUGUCAAGCUUGCAGACCCGAAUUUUCCAAAAUUCGAAUGUUCGAUUGAAAGUUCAAGUUCUAUCAUUAGCGACAAAUAUUGUCAGAUGUCUUCCUGGAGGCUGCCUUUUUGAGAAAAUGACUCAAGUCUGAAUAAUCAUAGUUUGUCAGUCUUCAUUCAUGUAACAGUGGUGUUUCAUGAGAAAAGUGGCUGGUUCAGCUCAUAGCUCAAAAAUGCCAGCGCUUCUCCUUAAGACCCUCUUAGGAUGUGGGUAUGCAGCAGAAGUACUUUAUGUAUAUACUCCCCAUCUUCUUUCACACUGAAUAUUAAAAAGACAUGUACUG